GAGGCCGCUAGCGGCGUGGGCCGGCCUAGCGGGUCAGCUGUGGAGUGUGUAGGAGCUUUCCCUACUUCGAGCUCCCUUGACCCUGGCGCCCAGAUAACUUUGUUUUUGGGUGAGGAGCCUUCUCUGGUGAAUACCGCCUCAGCCAUCCUGGUGUGGCCGCGAGUCGGGUUGCUCUGCUGUGCUCCAUCACCUCCUAAAGAUGCAUCCUGACUUAUCUCCACACUUGCACACUGAAGAAUGCAACGUCUUGAUUAAUUUACUUAAGGAUUGUCACAAAAAUCACAGCAUUCUGAAAUUUUUUGGUUAUUGCAAUGAUCUUGAUCGAGAGAUGAGAAAAUGCUUGAAGAAGGAGUACGUGGAAAAGAGGAUCAAGAGCAGGGAGCACGGUGAUGCAAUGCGAAAGAAACUUUUUAAUUCUCCAGAUGAAUCUGAAACAUAAAUUACAUUUUCACUGGAUGCCUUGGCUGAGUGAAGACCUAAAGACUCUUGGUUGAUAACCAAAAGAAUCCUGUUUCAUUUGGUCUCCAGAAUCUUUUGACUAGCAAGUGACCCACGAGAGAUCGAGCCGUGGAGAAACACGGAAACCCUGGACUCAGACCGUCCGCCGGGCAGAGCCUUUAGUACCCCGAUCCCUUUCCCAACGCCCCGACUUUUAACAGGCCGCUUUCCUUUGCCUGCAGCCACUUAACAUUUGAGCAACUUAUUCCUCCCUCAAUAAAAUCAUUGACUUUAA